ACUUGUUGUCAGUGGAGAGCUGAGCCAAAGGUACAGCAGCAGCAGCAGCAGCCAGCAGCACAGUGCGUCGAGCGGAGAGAUGGAGGGAGAGCUGGCCGGCUUUGAGCGCGUAUAAACCGGACAGGAGAAGAUCAGAUGAAGAGGGAAUAACCAUGUUUGAUCCUGAAUAAUAAUAAUAAUAAUAAUAAUCAUAAUAAUACAUCUCCACUGCAAAACCAGGAUCGUCUCAGAGACAACCAACCAGCGUCAUGAAACCAGUCCUGCAUUGAGCCUCUCCUCGGUGGGUUGGCAUGGCCCAGCGAUGAACGGAGCGGUGGUGCCCGGUAGCCCGGAGCUCUCCUCCUCGUGCCCACUGCCUGACUGGCGAGAGUUCUGUGAGCUCCAUGCUCGAGCCUCAGCUGCAGACUUCGCUGACAAGUUCCAGCGCUUCCUGUCAGAAAACCCGUGCUACGACUCGCCCGGCGCAGAUGUGAGCUUCUCACAGCACUUUGCCCAUCACUUCCUGGAGUGCUUCUCUGCAGCGUUGACCCAAGCUCGGGAGAACCAGGCGUCCUCGCUGGGGGAAGACGGCUCCAACACAGCACCAAAGUACAGCAUCGUUCCUUUCCUGGGAAUCCAGGGUUGCCCACUGUCCUACGGUCACGACCUUUACCAGAGACGCAAGGACGCCGGGGCUUCAAGUGAAUCCCUGGACAGUAUGGACAGUGGAGGGGGAGGGAUAGAUGGGGGAGGCAGUGGCACCACCGCCUCCCGAGGCCCCCAACCGGCCCACAAGGUGUCUGCUCUGGGACAAUCCCGCAGCUCAGAGGACGUUUCAGUCAGUCACCCAAAGGCUCGUUUCAAGAAGGGCUUCUCCCUGAGGAACAUGAGCCUGUGUGUGGUGGACGGGGUGAAGGAGAUGUGGCACAGGCGAGCCUCCCCUGAACCUGACGGUCCCUCCGGAGCCAGGAAGGCUAAUGGAGCAGGAGGAGGAGGCGGAGGAGGAGGGGACGCGGCAGGGGGAGAGAAGUGGUCCCAAAAGCUUCGGCUUCCCAGAGGCUCCCAGGGCCACAAGGCUGAGAUGCUGGAAAUCCAGAGGGAGGGAGCGCUGAGAUACAUGGUGGCUGAUGACACAAACUGUAUGGGCGCUGCACAGUGGCAGAAAUGCCGGCUGCUGCUGAGGAAGACGAAGAGGGAGGAAGGAGGCGAGAGGUUCCUGCUGGAGUUCUACGUACCACCCAAGUCCUCAAAGCCCAAAGUGAGCAUCCCUCUGUCAGCCAUAGUGGAGGUGAGGACCACCAUGCCACUGGAGAUGCCUGACAAGGACAACACUUUUGUUCUUAAGGUGGAAAACGGGGGAGAGUACAUCCUGGAAACCAUCGACUCGCUGCAGAAGAACUCCUGGGUUGCUGACAUCCAGGACUGCAUAGACCCUGGUGACAGUGGCGAUGACAUCGAGCUGGCGUCCUGUCCUCAUGGUCAGGCCUCCAAAGACUGCUCCAUGGUGGCCUCUUGCAGCUGUGAGCUGCUGUCUGAGGGUGUGUAUCGCGCUCCGGAGAGGUCAUGUCCCUCAGCAGCAGAGCAUUACAGCGCAUCUUCAGUCCGUUGCAGGGAACCCCCCUUCACCCAGCACCCAUCCCACAUGCCUUUAGAGCGCUUCCUCCAGUCCCCAGAGGCCCAGGGCUCCAACUCUUCUGCAGGUGGCAGUGAAGGAGCGAAAGAGUCCGAUGGCGACGCCAGCCUGGCGGGUUACCCGUGGUUCCACGGCACACUGUCCCGUGUACGUGCUGCUCAGUUGGUGCUUGCAGGCGGGGCCAGGAGCCACGGGCUGUUUGUGAUCCGUCAGAGCGAGACACGGCCGGGCGAGUACGUCCUCACCUUCAACUUUCAGGGCAAAGCCAAGCACUUGCGUUUGUCUGUGAAUGAGAACGGACAGUGCCACGUCCACCACCUGUGGUUCCACACCGUGUCCGACAUGUUGAGACAUUUCCACGCCCACCCCAUCCCCCUCGAAUCUGGAGGCUCUGCUGACAUCACAUUACGCUCCUACGUACAAGUGCAGCGAAGCUCCGCCACAGAUGUGACCGUGCCUCCAGUCCUCACCCCACCGAGGGAUGCAGGCUGCCGGACAGAUUCAGCCCAGCCAGCUCUCCACCCUCCUGGGAUCACAGCGCCUGCAGGGCCCCCUCCUGAUGCCCCACUCUCUUCGAGCACCUCCUCCUCACCCACAGCCCUUCCCUCUCUCUCCCGCAGUGACCCAGGUACCGGAGGAGGAGUGGGAGGAGGGUUACAGAGCCGGAGCAACAGCUCUGAACGCCUGCUGGAGGCCUCUAGUGGUGCAUCCGAGGACUAUCACGAUGCUGAUGGGACUCGUAGGGCCAGAGCAGUAGAAAACCAGUACUCUUUCUACUAAACGACCCGGGGCAGGGUUCAGACACGUAUUUUCUGGAUUGGCAGAAUGUUGGAGGUCACAUGGGACAAUCUGCUGAUGAUGAAAACGGUCCAAAUUAUUGGAUAACCCAUUGUUUUGUUUGUUUGUUUUUGUUUCAAGGCAAUUUCCUGUUUCUCUGAUUUGAGAAGAGAGGUGAGAUCCUGCUAAGCAGUCUGUCCCUGCUGUUUAAAUCACUCUGUGGCUCUUUGGCUUUGCUUCAAGUUGUCAAGAACGUCAGUGAACAGAGAAACAGACGGCCGCAGGUAGAAAUGGAGAUAUUGAGAUCUAAGCAGGAGAUAAAACCUAGAUGUAGAAUAAAGCAGCAGGGAUGAGUGUAGGGGAGAAAGCAAGAGGAAGUCAUCCAGUGGAGUCAUAUGGCUUUGAUUCUUUAAGUCUUCUGACCACUUCCUGUUCACCUUUACCCAGAAUACCAUGGGAGAAGAGCCUGUGUCACCACCCCGCUGAAGGGUUGAGAGUUUGAAAUGACCCUGAAGAAACAGUCCCUUCCCUCAGAGCUCCCGAGAGCAUCCCGUUAAUGUUUAUGAAGCUGCUUUGAGUAUGUCCCGGAUAUCCUCACUGUCCCUGCAGGGUUUCCUUACAAAGUCCUGCUCUACACUAACAUCAGUACAGCGAUCAUGGGUGUGUUUGUGUUAGCUCGGAGAUGUUUUUCUUAAACGUGUACAGCCUAAAGGGUCUUAGUGCCUGACAAUUUCCUUGAACUUGAACGGACUGUUGCCCAUACUGACGAGAAAGGAUGGUGUUGACAUUUUACAUAGUCACAAAAGCCCAAAUAUUACAAUGCAGGUGAUUACUUUACUGCUCAGAACAUACUGAACACGCAUAUCUCUGCAUACUGAAAUGGUUUCGUUAUAACAGUUUCAUAAAUGGCUGCAACAUACACACAGGUGGUCACGUGUUUUGCUACAAAUCGGUUUAAAAAUGUUCAAUUGGAAGAUGAAAAACACAAGUUCGGCCUGUUAGAAUAUGGCAGGGGUGGCUCGAAUUUUGCUGUUAUACUGGGUUAUUUCUAUGAGUGUGUGGUGGUGUAUUAGAGUCCAAAUAUUUUUCAAUGAUUGGUGUGCUACAGUAGUGUUUCUAAAACAUGGUUUUCGAGGUCCCUCCGUCUGGUGCUGGUUCUGUAUUCAAGCUUAUCAUAUCAGUAACCUGUAGAUUAGAUAUGCUGUUAAUAUAGGAGUUCACUUUGAAGUAAUGCCUUUAAGAUUAUUAUUAUACCAAAUCCAGCAUUUAUCGGAGGGACUGGGGACUUGGUUUUUAGAAAGGUGGCAGUGUUGUUUGCUGUUUGCGCUGCCUGGUGACUGGACUGGAACGGUACAGGCAGUAAAGUAAAAGGUACUAGAUGGCCAUGCUUGAUUAGAAAGAUGUGACAUUGCUGCUUUAUUUUAUGCAGAGUACUGAGCUUAAGCUUUUUAUGUUAAUAAUCCAAAAGUGCGGCAAAAUUUGGCACCACAAAAUAGUCAUGUUACUCUAAAAGUUUACACGAUAGUCCUCGACUUUUAAGUAUAAUAUGUCUCUAAAGGAGCCCUCCCAAAGAUUUGCAUACAAGUCUAAAGAAUAUUAAACUAUUCAGCUUGCAAAUCAUUAGCUUAUCUUAGCAUAAAGACAAGAAAAAGGGGGUAAACGCUAGCGCCUGUAGGUCUCCUAGAAAAGCUCAGGGAAGCGACUUUGCACUGCUCUUUAAUGGAGGUGGUGCAGUUUACCAGACAAAUCAAUCUUUGUCUUCUCUUGAACUCUCCCACACAGUAGAUGAGAACAGGGGGAAACAGUCAGGCUGCUUUUGUCCAAAGGGAACAAAAAAAUCUGCUUACUGGCAAUUUUUAACCUCAUUAAUUAAGACGUAUCUCGUUUGUUUAAUCCGUAAAAUGCUAAAACAACAAACAAACUGCAGUUUAUAGUACAGGACUAUUUCUUGACUGGGUGCAGUUGCCAGGCAACUAGCAGAAGUUACUGAUCCCGACUCGAGUGAGACCAAGAAACAGUUUGGCACACAACUCCAUGAAAAGCAGCGAUUUGUCUUACACACAAACAGCUUUAGAGAUGUUAGCUGGUUGAUUUUGUUACUUUUGGACACAGCCAGGCCAGCUGUUUUCUAAGUUUCCUGUCCUUGUGCUAAGCCAAGUUAACUGUACAUACAUUAAAGUGGUGUCAAUCUUCUCACUCACCUCUCUGCAAAAACAGCUAUAAGCAUACUUAUUUAAAUUCUCUUGCAUUGUAUGGUAGACACACUUCAGCUCCUGUAUUUCAAACAUAUGCAACACUUUUGUUCAGUUAGACUAAACAUAUCAAUAGUCAGUGUCUGUCUCUUUCAAGGAUGGUCAUUUAGCUCCGGAGGUGGAAUUUCACGUUUCAGUUGAGGAGCGGACGAAGCAGUUCAUGUGCCAAUUUGAAUCCUAUUUUUGAAACAUAUUUAUUCCUCAGCUGUUGUAAAUUACAUUUUUCCUAUUGAGUCUUAUUUAUGUACAAUUGAUUGAUUCUUCUUGAUGAAACCUCCUCAGUGGAACCUGUCUGUUGCAAGAGCCCAUCUCACAUAUCACAAAUUGCUCAUGUCUCCCUUUUAUUUUCUUAACACUUCUUAAAAGCUAAAAAAAAAAAAAAUUCUGUUGUCUGACUGAGUUUUGAAGAGUCUGUGCAAUUUUGUACAAAGUGAUGUACUUGACAUACUACUUUAUAUUUCUGUGAAUAAAAUGUGAACAAAC